AGCACUUCGUCUUACAAAUCCCUGCCUCUUGGAAGACCUUAUAUCGACUCGAAACCAUUUCACUCACAGAGACGCUUGCUCACUCCCUGAUCACUUACGAACUCAAACCACCAACAUCGCCGUGCCUCAUUGAUUGCCUCAUUCAUCUUUCCACAUAGUCCGUCUAUACCCUCAACACGUCACCCCAAAAGUCAAGCUGCAGUCAUGGCUGCCACAAUGAAAGCCCUCGUAACCCAAGGUGAUAAGACCGCCAAGGUCCAGGAGGUUGCGAAGCCUCAGCCCGGCCCUGGCGAGAUCCUCAUCAAAGUCUCCGCCGUAGCCCAGAAUCCCACCGACUGGAAAUCUACCGCCGCCGUGCCCGCAGGCCGCAUCGUUGGCUGCGACUUUGCAGGCACCAUCGCCGACCCCAACGGCACCUCUUUCAAGCCUGGUCAGCGCGUCGCCGGCUGGGUUCACGGCGCCAGUGUCGAUCCUCUCCGCGGCGCCUUCGCGGAGUACCUCGUCACCGAGAGCACCCUCGUCUUCCCCGUCCCCGACAGUCUCACCGACUCAGAGGCCGCCGUCAUCUCGCUCGCUUUCGCCACGUCCGUGCAGGCCCUAUUCCAGCGCAUGGGGCUCCCCGAUCCGGAGAACCCGGCCAAGGAGCCCAUCCCCGUGCUGAUCAACGGAGGUACCGGCAGCGUGGGUCUGUAUGCCAUCCAGCUUGCGAAGAAGGCCGGUCUACGCGUCAUCGCCACCGGCGGCAAGAAGAACCACGAGCUCCUGAAGAGCCUGGGCGCCGACGUCACGAUCGACUAUCGCGACGAGGACUGGAUCGAGCAGGUCAGGAAGGCGGCGGGCGAUAACUUGCAGCACGUGUUUGACACCAUCAGCGAGGUCGAGACCACCACCGCCGUCGCCAAGGCCGUCUCACCAAAGGGCGGUCACGUCAUGUGCAUCCUGCCCCGGAAGGCCGACGAGGUCGGCGCCCCGCAGGGCGUCAAGGUCGAGAGCACGCUCGGGUACACCGUCUUCGGACGCAGCCUCAAGUACGGCGCCUUCGACAACAUCGACGGGGCGAAGCCCGAGGACAAGAAGUUCUGGGAGAAGUACCUCAAGCUCCUGCCGAAGUGGUUGGAGGACGGAAGCAUCAAGCCAAACCCGACCAAGGAGUUUGGCGGGCUGGAAGACAUUCCCAAAGGCUUCGAACUACAGGCCAAGGGUGGUGUGAGUGCGGAAAAGUUGGUCUAUAAGAUUUCUCAGUAGUCGUGGGUUUCUAGCAUGUGUGAGGGCGGCUGUUUGCUACGUUAGUGUAACUUCUUGGCGUCGUCUGUCGGUGUAAAAUAAGGAGUGGUUUUGUUUUUAAUAAGGGUAUUAUCAGGUCAACA